AUGCUUAAGCAAAAUGAUGAGUAAAUCGAAGACCUGGAUAACUUAUAUAUUGAAAAAAAAGAUGGAGAAGUAUAAAAGGUUUCCAACACUAUCUAAAAUUAGUUUUUGAGUAAAAAAAAUAAGAAGAAAAGACUAUUAAAUCAUAAUGAGAUGAGCUAGGAAGAAUAAAAAAAUAACGAUGAUAAAGAUUAAGACUACAUAAAUAGAUAUUUAGAUGAUCAUCUUUAUGAUUAAGACAUUGGAAUUUAAUAUGGAGCUUAAUAAAAUUACAAAUAAUCUUUAGAUACAUCUUUAUAACAUAAAGAGAGUAUUGCCGGAAACGAUUUAAAUAAAACAAAUGAUUAAAUCCUACUUUAAUCAAUGUACCCUACAACUUCAAGAAGAAAUACGAAAUAGCUUAACACAUAAAGGAUGAAUACUCCAAGUUCAGAAGCUGAUAUAUUUUAAUAGAAAAGAAUUGAUUUAGAUGACUUUAAUUUGACAAGAGACCUUAAUGAAUCAAGGGAUUAAGAUACAAGCAUUUUAAACAAGCAGAACAGUUCGAGACUAGAGUACCUAAUAGAUAGAGGUUAUUCAAGCGGAAAAGACUAAAGUUUAAUGGAAAAAAAAGAUGAAUUUUAAAUCAAUUUAAGGAAGUUAAAUGAGCUUUUAGCUAUUGAUGAAGAAGAAAUAAUUCAAUAAAAUGAAGGAGAUUAAAAUAAACAAAAUCAUGAAGAGUAAUAAAAAUAAUUAGAAUAAUUUGGGGAUAACAUAUUCAAAUUAAGCAAAAUCUUAGAAAAUUAAAAUGAUAUAAUUGAGCAAAUAACAUCAAGUAGACGAUAGUCUUAGGAGAAAAUACCUAGUUAAAUUGAAUUAGAAAACUAAUAAAAAGUUAAUGAGAGUAUAGAGAAAGUUUCUACUUUUAAUGAUGUUUUGAAAAGAAGAAAAUAAAAGAGGCUAAUAGGAGCAAAUGAAGUUGUCUAAUAUGAAAAAUAAAAGAAAUUUCCAUAAUAAAUAUCUAAAAUAGAAGAAAUUUUAAAUGAAGAAGGAAAUACAUUGUAAAUUAAAGAUCACAUAUAAAAAAUGAAAGAAAAGCAAGAAUUCCCAUCAAAAAUUUCUAAUAUUGAAGAAAUUUUGUAAAACCAAAAAACAUUUUAGAUGACACCUUAUGAAGAUCAAAGAGAAAAGUUGGAUCAAAAUAAAAACUAAGAUAAAGGGUUUUAUAGCGUUUUACAUAGAUUGGACUCAGUCUUAGAAAAAAAUAAUAACUAUUAUCACAAUGAAUAACCAGCUACUCAGGAUUAAAUUUUGAAUACUUCCUUAGCAUUAGAUGCUAAUUAGUCAAGGGUAAAAAGUCAAUUUAUAAGGGUUUUGGAAAAAGAUGCUUCUUAAUUUCAAAUAAGUAAAAUUGAUCUGGAUAGAACUGUAAAUAAUACGAGUAUGAUUUAAAUUGAUGAAAAAUACAAUUUAAAUAAAUAAACUUCUUAGAACACUGACAAUUAUUAUGAAAAAUUAGCCAAAUUGUAAAGUACAGAACAGCCUGAACUUGAGAAAAAUAUUAAUUCUAAAAAAUCUUUUUAUCAUGUAUUUUUCAUGGAUUCUGAAUAAAAUACAAAACUUUUUAGAGAUGGAUUUAGCUUUAAGUCCUUUAUGCCUUUGACUUCCAUUUAGUUUCGUCCUCCAGUUAAAAAUUAAACUUUUUUUAUUGGAAAAAGAAAGAAAAAAAAUGAAAAAAAGAAUAAUAUGAGCCCACAGCCCUCAAUUUUGCAUUUUAUUCUUUAUCUGCUUUUAAAAAUUGUAUAUAAAUACAUAAACAUUAUAUUACUAUUUGGAUAUAUUAUUAUGAUUUUACUUAAUGAUUCACACAGUUAAAUAGGGACUUAGAUCUUAACAAUUUUUUUCUAUUUCUUUGUAUAAUUAUUGCUAGAAUAUUUUGUCAAGCAAAGAAUCUAAUUUUAAUUUAAAAUUGAUGGAUAAGAAUGCAUUAAGUACUGCUAUAAAUCGAAUUAAUUUAUCAAUGUUUAAAGAGGAAAUCUCUACUAAGGAGACAUUGUUAAAAUUUAUAAAAAUAGUAGAUUUCCAGCUGAUACUUUAUUACUUUGCACUAACUCAUCUAAAAGCACUUUGAUUGUUUAGGAUUUUGAAAAAAUUAAGACUAAAAUAGUUCCUUUAGAAUUAAAAAACAAUUUUCCAAGCUGCGAAGCUAUUAAUUUAUCUGUUUUGAAUGGAUAGAUUAAAGACAUGCCUAGUACUUUUUACACUGGUUCUUCAAAGGGAUGGAAGGCAUUAGUAAAGAUAGAGAGUUUAAAUAGUUUUUAUGUUUCUGAAGAACAUAUCGCUUCAAGAAAUUCUAUUUUGAAAAGUGAAGAUUUUGUGUAUGGAAUAGUUGUUCUAACAGGAAUUUAUUCUACAAACAAUGGAAUUACAUAUGAAAAAGAAGUGUUUAACUCUCCUUUUUAUAGAUAUUAUGAUGUUAUUAUUUAAAUUAUUAAAUUCUGUUUAUUGUUAGUUGUCAUUCUAUUCAGACUUGGCCUAUUUGAAGUAGCAUUAGGAACUGCAUAUACAACUUACUUUUUUGAGAAAUACAUGCUAAAUAUUUUAGGUAUUUUGCUUGCUUUCUUUCCUUUAACCUUAUUUAUUGCACUCUCUUUAGUGGAUCUUAUUCAAAAAAAGCUAAUACAAAAAUGCGAAAUCGUAAAAAUCAACAACAAUCCUGAUGAAAUAUCAUCAGAUUAAUCAUCUUCUGAAGAUAAAUAGUAAAAAAAACCUUAAUAUAUGGUUUAAGUAAUUAAAGAAGAUUCAAAUUAUAAGAAAAAAGAAGGAAUAUAAAUUUUAGAUGCAUAAAAAAUAUAACAUCUAGGUGACAUUCAAGUAACUGUUUCAGAAAUAGAUUAAAUUUUGAUUAAAUCCAUAAAAUGUUCUGCUAUUUCUUUUGAAAAUAUAAUAAUUGAAGCACAAAACAUAAGAAAAAUUAUUGAAAGCAAUGAUUAAGAAAAUGAAAAGCUAAAACAGAAAUUAGUUGAGAUAUUAUAAGUUGGAAUAUUGUCAUGCAAUUAGAUAUAGAGGAAUAAAUUAGAUGAGGCAUUUAUUAAAGCAUUUGAAGGUAAUCAAUUAAGUUUUGAAGAUAUUACUGAUGAUAUGAGUAAUGUAAAGAGUACUGUCAUUGCAAAAGAAUCAAAUUUUAAAUCUUAUAAACUUUUAUAUUAGCAUGAGCUUUCUGAUAUGUAAGUUAAUAUUUUUGAAUCUUAAAAUGGGUCUUAUAGAAUAUUUGUGAGAGGAUUAGCCAGAAGUAUGGUUCAUAAGUUAAAAUGCUAAGAUGAUUUAGUUUAUAUUUAAAAUUUAAUUGAGUCUCCAUAAUUUAGCUCACUAUAAUGUUAUAUCUUAGCAUCAAAGUCCAUAGAUUAGCAUGAGCUAGUAUAGAUAGCUUCAGCUUUUUCUACUAAUUUUCAUGAAGUAAAUGAAAUAUUAUCUAAAUUUACAUAAAAUUUGACAUUCAAAUGCAUGACAUCUUUUGAGUAUGAGUUUGAAGAAAGUCUUAAACACUUGUAAAAAUCAGGGAUUCGAAGUUGGUACUUGACAUCUUAAACUAAGAUUAAUAGUUCGUUUUUUGAAUCAGAAAUCCCUACAUAUUCAUUUUUCUGUUAAAAUAAAGAUGAGUUAAUUCAAAAUAUAGAUAAAACCUUUGAUGAUUUGCGAUUAAAGAAACUAGAAGAUCCUAUUCUCAAAUAAAUAAUCAAGUACAGUCUUCCAUUUAAUAUAGAAUCUGAUAACUUAACUUUUAAUGUUCUUAUUAGUUAAGAUGAUCCAACAAAUAAAUUUUAGCAAGAAUAAACUUAAAAGGCAUUAAUAAAAUACUAUACUAUGAUGCUUUAUGCAAAGAGAACUAUUGUUUGGAAUUUAUCCUAAUUUGAUAAAAAUUAGUUUUUGUUAAUGGUAAAAAAUGUAUUAAAUGUUUAAGUGAAUUUCAUGGGUAUUGGAUUAAACGAUUAAGAUAUUUCAAUAUUGGGGCCAAGUUAAGUUAGUGUUUACUUAAAUGAUAAGCAAUUUGAACAAACUUUUUACCCAGAUAUUAUAAAUUAUUCGGAUUUUAUAAUUGAAGAUAUAAAAGAUUUAGAACUGCUGGUUUUAAGCUAUGGGAGAUAACAUUUCAAUAAAACAGCAAUAAUUGCUAAAUAAAUAAUUGAAAGAAACUUUACCUACGUAUUUAUAGAAAUUCUAUAUAGAUUCUAUGCUGGAUUUGCUACAUAAAGUUUUUUUUGCUAUAAAUAUUAUUUACUUCUUGAGAUCUUUUUUAGCUUUGGUAAUUCGAUAUAUCUCAUGUUUAACUUUGAUUUAUCAAUUUCCGACUAAUAUAGAUAUCCUAUUUGCUACUUGCAGAGUUAAUUUGAUGAAAAUACCUCAUUUAAAUCAAUAUUGAAAUCUUUUUUGAGAUCUUUUUACUAAGCUCUUGCUAUCAUCUUCAUAAUCACUGAAAUUAUGAAGGAACCAAUAGAUUCAUCAGGAAAAAUUUAUAGCCAUUAAUUGAUAUCUUUAACAGCCUUUAUCACUUUUUAUAACUAUUAAAAGAUCAAGACAGUAAUUCGUUCUGCACAAUUAUCCUUAUCUAUAAUCUUGCUUGUAGUUGAUUACUUCAUAUAUAUUGGAUUUAUUUAUGCUUUCUGCUCAUAAUAUAUAUCAGAUAUGUUAGGAACUAAUUCUGUUGGUGAGAUGUCAAAUUUUGGAAAAAGCUUUUUAGCAAUUUCUCUUUCUAUAUGUGUUGCAAUAAUUUGCUCUAUUCCAGAUAUUGCAUAAGCUGCAUACGAAACUAUUUGCUCAACUUCUCCUAUUUCAAAAUUAGCUAAAGAUAAAAUAUAAAAAUAAAUGGCAUAAAAAAAUCUAAAAAAGAAAACAAAAAUUUCAAUAGAUCCAACAAAUAUUUAAAAAUAAAGAUACUAAAAUAUAGAAAGAAAUAAAAAAAUUGUAUUUGUAAACAACAAAAAAAAUACUAAAAACCCUAAAGAAGAAGGCCUUUAAAUUAUAAAGAAAUGA